GAGAAGGCAAAAAGGUGGAGACUUUCAGAUGGUAUCAAAAGAGUUAAGUUUCAUUCCAAGACUAUUGGGUUUUUUUCGUUCUUCAGUGCCAGGUGGAAGUGGAGCCAUGAGACUAAGAGAAGCAAGGGAGCGCAGCUUGUUGUAUAAGAAAAUUGAUGAAAUAGAUGCAAAGCUUAUUCCUAGUAUAAAACGGAUUAGUAAGAAGUACAACGAAACUGUCACCUUUCAGAAUCGUCCGUACAUAGAAAAAAUGAAGUAUGACCGCGUUGAGAUGCUGUAUUAUUUGCAAGAAGAACGUAAAGUCAAUGCCAUACACUAUGAAGCUGCACGUCUCGGCAUCCCUCUAUUGACUCAAUAUCUGGACCUGGAGAACUUACCAUCAAAGACCAUGGAAGAAGACAGCCCAUCAGCGGCUCAGGUACCAAGUUCUGAAAUGAAUAGUUAAUUCAGAAGGAAGACCAGGGUUUUACUAGAAUGUAAUCUGAGGGUUUUGAGGAGUUUUGGGUUAUAAUUCUUCAUCUGUUUGAAUGCCAAAUAACAGAGAAACUACAACAAAAGUAACAAUAACUGUAACUGCAUCGGUUUUUAGAUGAAGUUCAUGUGUGUGUGAAUAUGUAUGAGGGGGUUUAUAAGAUUAUGAGGGCAUGAGUAGGGGAGGGCAUGAUAUCGAAAGGUGUACGUGUAGGCAUCACAAAUUCUUGGCACAUUUAUUGUACCUAGGAUCUGUGAAUGUAUGUAUGUAUGUAUACAUGCAUGUAUGUAUGUUUGUAUGUAUGUAUUUCAUUAUUCAGGUUUAUUUCAAGAUUUCUUGCCAACAGAGAAAGAACCGGUUUCUAACCCAGAUCCAAGGCUCCUUCAUUGGAAUUUCAACAUCAACAACAGGGCAUUUUUGUAUGUAUGUAUGUAUGUAUGUAUGUGUGUGUAUAUGUAUGUAUGUAUGUGUGUAAGUAUGUGUGCAGAUUUGUAUGUUUUAUUUUAUAUAUGUGUUCUUAUGCAUAUAGUUGCAUAUAUAGACACGCUCUAUGUAUAUAUGUAUGUAUGUAAUUAUGUAUGUAUGUAUGUAGCUAUACAUAUAUACAUGCAUAUAUAAGUAUUGUGUGUGUGUGUGUGUGUGUGUGCACAUAAAAUUAUGUAUAAACCCACAGACCCACAUGAAUGCUCUAUGUAAAACUUUGGCUGACAUAUAUAAAUAAAUACGCACACAGACAAAUACAUGUGUUUUCAUACAAGCCAUAUAUACGCACACCAUAUUCACAGAGACAGCUAAACACCCACGUAGAGAGACACGUUCUCUCACAUACACACACACACAUAUACUAAUAUGUGUGUGUGUGGUAUAAUAUAUGUAUAUGUAUGUGUGUGGGUAUAUAUGUACACACACAUGCACAUACAUAUAUACAUAACAUGCACUCACACCUUAUACAUGCAUGCAUACAUACCCAUACCCAUAUACUCAAAUACUGUCCCCACACAAUGCUUAUAUACAUCACCAUACUGACACAAAGUUAUUUGUUUCCAGAUUAGCAAUACUAAGGAAAUUUAAUGAUAAUGAUGAAUAUUUUAUAAUUAAGAAUAUUAAAAAUUUAUUAUUAAAACAUCAUUAAGAAAUACAAAA